AUCACCUGCCUGACGGGGUGAGCGGUUAGGUGUCAAUACCGUGACGGCCCGGUAGGGGGCAGCAGACGCUUCCUCCCUCCUCCCCUGCGAGACCCUGCUCGGUCACAGCUGUAGCGUGGGACUCGCCCGCUGAUGCUCUUCUUUGGAAAACUUCACUUCCCAACAUGUCCCUGUACCGAAAUACCGUCUGGUUUCUGAAGGGAAUCCAAGAGUAUACAAGGAAGGGGUACGAGGCCGCAAGCAAAGACUUCGACCCCCGGGACCUGGACGUGUCCGUGGUGGGACGGUCCUUUAUGAUCACAGGAGCCAACGGAGGGGUCGGCAGAGCCGCCGCCACGGCCAUAGCCAGGAGAGGUGGAACCGUCCACAUGGUGUGUAGGAACAAAGACAAAGCGGAGGAGGCGCGGGCCGACAUUGUCCAGCAGUCUGGAAACACCGAGAUACACGUCCAUAUUGUGGACGUGUCAGAGUCACAGGCAGUCUGGGCGUUUGCUGAUGCAUUCAAGACACAGUAUUCGUCAUUGAAUGUGUUGAUAAACAAUGCUGGGUGUAUGGUGCACAAGAGAGAAGUGAACAGGGAGGGACUGGAAAAGAACUUUGCCACAAACACUUUGGGGGUGUUUAUCCUCACCGAAAGCCUCCUCCCGCUCAUGCAGAAGAGCCGGGAUCCAAGAGUGAUCACCGUAUCCUCCGGAGGCAUGCUGGUCCAGAGGCUCAGAGUGGAUGAUUUACAGUCAGAGGAGGGCUGCUUCGACGGUGUCACGGCGUGCGCCCAGAACAAGAGGCAGCAGGUGGCGCUGACGCAGCACUGGGCCAAAGCCAACCCUGUCGUUCAUUUCUCAGCCAUGCAUCCAGGAUGGGUUAAUACACGAGCUGUUUCCACAUCAAUGCCUCAGUUCCACCAGAUGAUGGGGGAGAGGCUGCGCAGUGCAGAGCAGGGAGCCGACACGGUGGUGUGGUUGGCCUUGUCCAAAGCCGCGGCCAGAACCCGCAGCGGGCGGUUCUUCCAAGAUCGUAAGCCCGUUCCCACCCACCUGCCUCUGGCCUGGACUCGCAGCUCGGCUGAAGAGAUCCAGAGGUUCGUGACUAAGCUGGAAACUCUGGCCAGAGCAGUUCAGCCACGACCUGAUGAAGCGAUGAAGGCCUCCACCCCACAAUUUGUCUAAACUUUACAUAUUAGUAACAAUGAGCUCAAUAUUCAAUAGAUGUGUUGCGCUUGAUUUCUCCAGGACCUAAUUUGAACUGUUAGGUCAACAUUGUGUAAUCAUUGUUUACAAUGACACAAAUCAUUGUUUAAUUUCAUGCUCACGUCAGUAGCAGUUUUCUAAAUGAAUUCAAAAUGUUUGAAUGAUGGAUUUUCAUAAUCACGAUGGCAGACAUGAUCCACUGUUACUGUUCCAGAUGUGCAGUAGCUGCUGCUUUUUGGGGGGUUUGUUGAAACUGUGAAACCUUUCACACUCUUAAAUGCAUCUCCCCAUGACAUGAUAUAUAAUAAAAUAAAACAAAUAAUUACAACUGAACAUUAAACUCUGACUAAACCAUUGAA